AUGGCUACCCCUAGUGUCCUAGCUUUUGACGCUGAGGGUCGCGCCAUUGACUUUGAGGUCUGGGUCGACGACCUGCAGCAGUUCUUACAGUGCGAUAGGGCAGACGGUCUUUCUCUCUUUGACCUCACCUCUGGCGCCUCUCCUGCCCCUGCUGCUGAUGCUGACCCUACUGUUCGCUCCCAGUGGGCCACGCGCGAUGCUGCUGCACGUCUUGCUGUGCGUCGCCACCUGCCUACCGCUGAGCGCGCGCACUUUAGUCAGUACAAGAGUGCUCAGACCUUUCGGUCGGUGCGGCGUCUGCCCCUAGCGGGAGACGUCGCUCUCGCAAGGGCAAGGGGGGCAAGGGCGUGGGUGGAGCUAGCGGGGGCGGUGGAGGUGGAGGUGGAGGCGGCUGAAGGGAGUGGGGGUGGCGGUGGGAGUGGUGGCGGGGGUGGAGGUGUCGGUGGCAGCAGUGGAGGCGGAGGCGGCGGAGGCGGCGGCGGUACUGGCGGAGGCGGCGGUGGUGGCGGAGGUGGAGGAGGCAGUGGUGGAGGUGGUGGAGGUGGUCGGGGUGGCGCUUCGCAGCGGAGCAGCACUGGUGGUGGUCACCGCCAGCAGCAGCAGCAGCAGCAGCGUUCUCGUGACAUCCCCCCCCCUCAGCAGCUCCGUGAGUGGUACACGCAGCGUCAGCGUGGUGGGGGUUUUGGUCCCUGCACCUACAUCCUUCGCACCGGCGACCGCGCGGGUGAGCAGUGUGGGGGUGCCCACCCCACCCUGCGCUGCUUUGGCCGCCUGACGGACGCUUGGCGUCAGCAGUUCCCGGAGGCCAGUGAGAUCCCCCGCUGGGGAGAGCUGUCUAGGGCAGGCGUAGCUAUCUAUGAUCUUGACUUUGAUGCUAUCCUUGCUGCCAUGUAUGCUGUGACUAUUAGUGAUGAGGGUGACUGUUACCGGUGUUUCCCGCCCGACCCGGGCAUUGGUACUGCUGCUCUAGGUGCUGGUGAGGCUGCUGCUCUAGGUGCCAGUGCGUCUGCGCUCUCAGGUACUGGUGAGUCUGCGCUCUCAGGUACUACGUCGGCUUCGGCCUCCCUCACCUUCACCCUUGACUCUGGGGCGUCUCGCUCCUUCUUUCGGGACCGCACCACACUCACGCCGCUUAGUCGGCCGGUUGCGGUGUCUCUGGCAGAUCCCUCUGGAGGUCCUGUCCUGUCUCGCUUCUCCACAGUCCUCCCGUGUCCGGCGGCUCCCUCUGACACCCUGUCCGGUCUCUACCUCCGCUUGUUCUCUACGAACCUGGUGAGUGGUGCUGACCUACAGGAUGCGGGUGUCCACCAGUUCACUCCUACGCGCCAGUGGGUGACGCACUGCACAGAGGCUAGCACAGGCCGACACCUGGCUACGUUUACCCAUCAGCCGGGGUCGAGCCUGAACACACUGACCACUGCGUCUCCUCUCGUUGCUGAGUCUGGUAGGGAAGCUACGUCGGGUCAGGUGUUUGCUGCAGCGUCCAGAGGCAUGGCCUCCCAUCUUCUUGUGUCUGGUCUCCCUCGGUCCCUCCCUCCCCUUCCUCUGGGCCCUGGCCCUACCUGUGUCCCUUGUGUCGAGGGGCGCCAGCUUGGUGCCCCUCACUCCUCCCAGUUUCCUCCGACAGAGGCCCCGUUGCAGACGCUUCACAUGGACGUUUGGGGCCCAGCCCGCGUCCGUGGACAGGGUCACGAGCGCUACUUCCUGCUCGUUGUUGACGACUACUCGCGUUACACCACAGUCUUCCCCUUGCGCAGCAAGGGUGAUGUCACUGAGGUGCUGAUCGAUUGGAUCCGCGCAGCUUGUCUCCAGCUCAGGCAGAGCUUUGGCUCGGACUUUCCUGUUCUGCGUCUGCACUCGGACAAAGGCGGAGAGUUCUCCUCUGGCCUUCUGCGAGCCUACUGUCAUGCACGAGGCAUCCGUAAGACCUUCACGCUUCCGGACUCUCCGCAGAAAAAUGGGAUUGCUGAGCGCCGCAUAGGCAUGGUCAUGGACGCCGCUCGUACGUCUAUGAUGCAUGCGGCUGCCCCCCAUUUUCUGUGGCCGUUUGCGGUCAGGUACGCGGCGCAUCAGAUCAACCUUCACCCCAGGGUCUCCAGGCCGGAGACCUCCCCAGCCCUGCUGUGGACGGGGAAGGUUGGCGAUGCGUCAGCGUUCCGGGUCUGGGGAUCUCGGGCGUUUGUCCGCGACUUGUCUGCGGACAAGCUGUCCCCUCGCGCUGCUCCUUGCGUCUUCCUGGGGUUCCCCCUUGACGCGCCCGGGUGGCAGUUCUACCACCCCACCUCUCGCCGUGUUCUGUCCUCCCAGGACGUCACGUUUGACGAGUCGGUCCCCUACUACCGCCUCUUCCCCUACCGCACUCCGUCCCUCCCCCCGCCCCCGCUCUUCUUGGUACCAGUCGAGCCUGUCGAGGUCACUGGUGACUCUGGUGCUGCUGAGGGUGCUGAGCCUAGGGGUACUGCGGGCGCUGCGCCUGGGGGUGCUCUGACUGGGGGUGCUGAGCCUGGGGGUGCUGGGCCUGGGGGUGCGGAGCCUAGGGGUACUGAGCCUGGGGGUGCUGGGCCUGGGGGUGCUACGCCUGGGGGUGCUGAGCCUGGGGGUGCUGAGCCUGGGGGUGCUGAGCCUGGGGGUGCUACGCCUGGGGGUGCAAAGCCUGGGGGUGCUGAGCCUGGGGGUGCUGGGCCUGGGAGUGCUGAGCCUGGGGUUGCUCCGCCUGGAGGUCCUCUAGGUUCUUCGGCUAAUGAGGGUGCUGCUGUCGCGGGUCCCGGAGGUGCUCGUACUGCGAGUACUGUAGCUGCUGGGCCUGCAGGUUCCACUGGAGCUGGUGCUGCUGCGGGUGUUGGAGCUGGGACUACCUCUGGCGGUCCUGCUAAGGGUGCUGCUGGAGGUUCUGGAGCUGCUGGCGGUGCUGCUGGGGCAGGUGCUCCUGCUGGGGGUACUUGUGCUGUCCCUGCUGUUUCUGGCGUCGUCGCGCGGCCUCGACCUUACUUCGUUCCACUCCUGCAGGAGGUUCUUGGUCUUCCACCUUCUAGUGGUCCUCCUCCUCCCUUAGAGGGUCCACAGCCUGUCCUGUCACAGCCACAGCUACAGCCUGCCUCCCCUUUGCCUGCUCCUUCUCCCUACGCUGGUCCUAUUGGAGGUCUUACUGAGUGUCGUGAGCCUGCGUCGCGUCCUGCGUCGCCUGUUCGUGCUGCUCGCGCUGGUGGUCGCGGUUCACGUCAGCGUCCUCCUCCUGUCCCUGGCACGCACCGGAUGUCUCUGCGUCCGUCCACUGCUCCUUUGCGUGCCCCUUUGCCUUCUCCUCCUGCGUCCUCUCUUCCUGCUCUUGCCGACCCGGAGUCAGAUUCUCUUCGUGCUGCCAGUCCUACUGUCACGCGUCUCCUUGCUACUGUUGUCACUGACCCUUCUUUCGAGUCCACUGCUGCGUCUGCCCUCGUUGCUGAGCUCGUCGACUUUGCUGCUCGCUGUCGCCUAGACUACGCUGCUAGUCUUGUCGGUGAGUCUGAGUCUGUCUGUCCUCCGUCCGUCGGGGGUGAGUGUGCCCUUGGCACGGACGUCCUUGAGGACAGGCAGGAGGAGUUCCAGUGUCUGGUGGCUGCUUCACCUCAUCUCGUGUCCGUAGUGCUUACCCCUGUGGGAGACCCGGAUGCACUUGACAUCCCGACUCCGCGCUCUUACGCGGAGGCGAUAGAGGGUCCCUACUCCUCUCAGUGGCAGGCAGCUAUGGAUGCAGAGAUGGCUUCCUGGAAGUCCACAGGCACCUACGUUGACGCUGUCCCCCCUCCUGGGGCGAACAUCGUCAGUGGCAUGUGGAUCUUCAGGGUGAAGCGGCCGCCGGGUUCUCCGCCUGUCUUCAAGGCGCGUUACGUGGCUCGUGGCUUCAGUCAGCGGCAGGGAGUUGACUACUUUCACACCUUCUCCCCCACCCCGAAGAUGACCACUCUUCGGGUACUGCUGCACGUUGCUUCUCACCGUGACUACGAGCUGCACUCUCUCAACUUCAGCACUGCUUUCUUGCAGGGCAGCCUGCACGAGGAGAUCUGGCUGCGCAGUCCACCUGGCUUCACUGGGUCUUUCCCUUCUGGUACCCAGUGGAGUCUCCGGCGUCCAGUCUACGGUCUCCGCCAGGCGCCACGUGAGUGGCACGACACACUGAGGACUACACUUGCGGCUCUUGGGUUUGCUCCUUCUACUGCCAACCCGACGCUGUUUCUGCGCACUGACACCUCUUUGCCACCGUUCAACAUCCUCGUGUACGUCGACGACUUGGUCUUUGCCACAGCUGACACUGCUGGACUCGCCUACGUGAAGUCAGAGCUGCAGAAGAGACACACGUGCACUGACCUGGGUGAACUGCGCAGCUACCUUGGCUUGCAGAUCACCCGGGACAGAGCACGCCGCACCAUUACCUUGACUCUGUCACACAUGGUGCAGCAGGUCCUUCAGCGCUUCGGCUUCACGUACUCCUCGCCUCAGGCCACUCCUCUGCCUACUCGCCACUCACUCUCAGCUCUGCCUUCGGAUGAGUCCGUAGAGUCGAGUGGCCCAUAUCCAGAGCUUGUUGGCUGCCUCAUGUACCUGAUGACCUGCACACGACCUGACCUUGCAUACUCUCUUAGUAUUCUCUCACGCUAUGUUGCUCCUGGGAGACACCGACCAGAGCACAUGGGUGCAGCGAAGAGGGUGUUGCGAUACUUGUGCAGUACGUCGAGCACGGGGCUAGUGCUUGGAGGGCGGAGUCCAGUGGUCCUCACUGGGCACGCGGACGCUCCUUGGGCUGACGACUAG